UAAAAGUCAAUAAUAACGUUCACGCCAUCUUUAAACCCUACCGGCAAGUUGUCACUGCUUCUUUUAACCUAAACCAAUCCAAAACUCGCCGCUACGGUUCGCCGGGGAACUUCAGAGUGCUGUCUUCUAUCGAAUUCUCAAGGAAGUAAUGGUGGGGGUUUCGUUUGGGGAGCAAAACUUCAUUAAAGGUGGGAUCGCUCAAGAUCUUCGAACUGAUGGUCGGAAAAGAUUGACUUACCGUGACGUCUAUGUCGAAACCGGUGUUAUUCCUCAGGCUAAUGGUUCAGCUAGAGUUAGGAUAGGUGGAACUGAUGUGAUUGCCAGUGUAAAGGCUGAGCUUGGGAGGCCAAGUUCUCUUCAGCCUGAUAAAGGGAAAGUUGCUGUUUUCAUCGAUUGCAGUCCAACAGCAGAACCAACAUUCGGGGGGAGAGGAGGUGAGGAGUUGUCUUCUGAGCUUGCUUUGGCUCUUCAAAUCUGUCUUCUUGGUGGCAAAAGUGGAGCAGGGGCUGGUAUAAAUCUAUCUUCGCUUUUGAUCAAAGAAGGAAGAGUCUGCUGGGACCUUUACAUAGAUGGCCUUGUCAUUAGCUCCGAUGGGAAUCUAUUGGAUGCACUUGGUGCUGCCAUCAAGGCUGCUUUAACCAACACAGCUAUACCAAAAGUCCAAGUUUCAGCUGAAGUAGCCGAUGAUGAGCAGCCAGAGAUUGACAUCAGCGACGAAGAGUAUCAACAGUUUGACACUUCCAGUGUCCCGGUCAUAGUCACGUUAACUAAAGUGGGGAAUCAUUACAUAGUUGAUGCAACAGCGGAAGAGGAGUCUCAGAUGAGCUCAGCCGUGUCUAUAUCCGUAAACCGGGCGGGACAUAUCUGUGGGUUAACCAAAAGAGGAGGGUCUGGUUUAGACCCGAGCGUCAUCCUUGACAUGAUCUCUGUGGCUAAGCAUGUGUCAGAGACUCUGAUGAACAAUCUUGAUUCUAAGAUUUCAGCUGCAGAGGCCUGUGAAGACGACGAGUCUUGACUUUGCAAUCCUUUUUGAGUUUUGGGGGAAUCAAAAGGCUCGAGAUAUGUUUGGAACGGUCAAAUGUUUGAAUCAAUCCUAUGUGUAUCUAAGUUAUAGAACAGUUUAGCUAAUCAAAACAAUCCUCCAUGCGUUCUAAUUUUCCAUGCUUUGUGUUAAAACUGUUUGUUUUGCUAACACUAAAUUUGUCUACAAAUUUAAAAGGGGGGGGUUACUUGUUAA